UGGCGGACGAAGCGGGUUUUCAGAUGGUGUCCCGGAAAAAGCGUAAAAAAAGAGGAAAAUCGAMCUGUGCUUCCCAAAAAACUCAUCCAAAUAACGAUGUAGGCUCUGAUGAUUGCAAUGUUGAUAGAAUUAUAACACAAAUARAGUCGCACCGAUGUGAAAUUGAAGCUAGUAUGUUUUAUAAAGAACUAAAAGAAAUAUUUACCCAGCAUAAAGCAAAUGGAUUCAUAAAAGAUGAGAAUAUACCUAUACCAAGGAAUAGAGAUAAUCCAUCAGAUUUAGAGAGUGACCAAGCUGAUUCAUUUAUACUAGAUAUUGUGUGUUAUGGCAUUGGCUGUAUUCGGUCAUGUCCUAAUGCAAGAUAUCAGUUUGCUUUGUUGAUUUUAUUAAAACAACUUUUAAAGAUUUCUAGUCAAAAUUGUUUCAUAUAUGAACCACUUUUCAAUAAAUAUGAUGAAUACAUAGUCCAGCAUUUUGGAUGUUCCCUGAUUGAAGAAAAUGAGGAAGCCAAAAGACGUGCAUCACACUCCACAUUGUUUUAUAUGCCCCAUUGUAGCAAACUAAUGUACAAUAAUGUUCUCUGGGCAAAUUGGGGAGAAACACUCAAGAAUGUUGUAAUAUUUGGUAACAGAUUUAGUAGUUAUGAACAAAGGCUUCCUUCCCAUCAAAUGUUGAAUCAAGUUAUGUAUAUAGCAAAAAUCUUACCUCACACAACAGAAGUUGAAAUUCCAAAUAGUUUCUAUCACAAGGACAUUUUUAACGACUCUGCCUUACACUUGUUUCAUAAUCUCGAUAACUUGUCAAAAGACUUCUGGUCUCCAUGCCCUGAACCAGUGUACGAUUUAAAUAACCCAGAAAUUGUUACCAAAAAGCAAGAAUGACAUUGUACUGGUGUCGAUAGUAGGGGGAGGGGGGUAUAGUUAAAUAUCGGAAAAGACGAGCGACMCAAGGAGUCAUAGAAGAGGACAACACUGGCAAUUUUCGCGGCGAUUUUUGCGAAUAUUUAUGCGUUCAGAUCCUAUUGAAAUAAAGUUUUAUUCAGUACCCUGAGGUGAGCUAACUAGACAUCUAUCUCUUCAAGGAUAAGGGGUGAUCCAUUUGAAUUUUAAGUGGGUUGGAAGGUUUUGUUCGUGUAAGAAUUUUUUAGGACCCCCACCUCAAAGUGCUAAUCGAUCGCCCCUAAGACAAAUGUUUUUGAAAAUCGCUGCAAAAAUCGUCGUGAAUCAUUCUUAAAAUAACAGUCUACCAGAAAAACAGAAAAUAUAACAGAAAACAUUAAUUGUAAAUAAUUGUUUAAUUGAGUUUAAUUGAUUAAUAAAAAGAAAAAGAAAAAAGAAAAUAUAGCGACGUUUAAGCAAGAGCAAAUUAGUUACACGAGCUAUCAGGCGUCAUAUCCCUGCCUGGAAGAGAAAUAAAAUAUGAAAGCCAUGAAUGACUAUACASACAUGUCUACAACGGCAUUACACAAAAUUAACAGUAUUUAAUARAUAUCACUGAUUUUAUUAUUCUGUGUUAUGUUGGAUUUGUAAUAUGUGUAUUAAUAGCUAUCUACAAGUUUUUGGUGUAACAUAGUAUAAAGUAUUCAUCAGGAUAUGGGAUAGCGUGUAGCGUGCACAUAGCCCUUGGAGCACCGUCAAGUUUUGCUCAUUUUAACAGCUGGUACCGCGUAUUGUAUGGCAUAAAAUGCGCUGGGGGAAUCUUUUCUCCUUUUUCGUGAUCACGAAGGCUAUUAGCGAACUCUCGUGUGUAGUUUAUGUACUGAAAUACUUCCUGCUCGCAAAAAUAAAUAAAUGAAAAAAAAAGGAAAAAAAGAAAGAAAAGAAAUCACAGUCGCUCUUCUUCAAUAAGCAUACUGCUCAUAUGCUUGCACAGUUCGACACCCUGCCGCGCUAUCAAUCAAUGAUGAUCUCUGAUUGACGUUAAUGGUACCUGUGUGUGCAGUGAGUAAUAAUCCAAAAAUAUGUAUAAAAUUAUACUGACGUAAUGAAUGAUUUAAUUAUAUAUGCUUGAUUUUUCGCGAAAUGUGCAACAAUAGAUCGUUAAUGCAAAACUAGUGAUUGUAGGAACGAGGGGCAGUUGUCACACGCCAAUUGGCCGUUGUAUAUUAUGACCUCUUGCAUGAAAUUCCUGUUGUUUGUCAAUGCAUUUGUUAAUAAAGUUUAUUGAUUCGUGGUA